GUGACGUCACUUCCGUAAUAAACAGCUUUACAGAGAGGAGUGUAGGGUUACACUGCUCAGGACAACAAGGUAAUGUUGUCGAUUAAUGUCUUGUUAGACGGAUAUAAUAGUCCAAGAGGAAGUGAUAAAUGCUAAGAGGGUUUAUAACGUUUUAAUGACGCAAUCGUAAAGGCCGUUUCUUAUGAAGAUGUCAGGGUAAACGCCUCAGCUCAUCUGCUUCUUGGAUUCCUUAUUAUUACACCCUGAGGUGAAUCAGUGUAACUCCUUCCAAAAUGAGCCGGGAUGCUCCUAUCCACAGCUGGCCUGGCUCCUAUUACAUCAACACUGAGAAACGGUGGGAAACUGGCACCCUGUCCCUCACCAGGACCAUGGUGCGCUUUGUCUCUAACCAGAGUAAGGAGAGUCUUACCAGCUUUCGCCUUUCCAGGAUCAUGGAUAUCAAGAUGGAGUCAUCCAGUUUCAUCUUCAGCACUCUCACAGUGCUUGAAGAGGGCAAUGUGAAACACUGGUUUGGUUCCCUUAAGCCUAACAGGGUGGUGGUUUUUAACGUGUUAGAGCAUUUUUGGAGGGAACGCCUCCUGUCCCCUGGCUCAGAGGCACGGGGGGCCGAAUGCAAACCCUCUAAAGGCAGUGAGCUGAUCAGCCUGGUGGCGGGGGCCCAGAGAAGAUUGGAGGACACCGGCAAAGUCCUCAGCCACCAAGGAGAGCAGUUUGACAAUGCGAUGCAGGGACUGGAGAAGAUUGACUCAGAUCUGGGCGUGGCUGAUAAACUUUUGUCAGAGCUGGAAUCUCCCCCCUGGUGGCCUUUUGGUAAACUCCCCUGGAAAACUCAGCAGGAAGCUAAGGCGGAGGACGCUGCAAGAGCUGCGGCCCGUUCUGCAGCUGGUAAAGGCUCUGGUAGAAAUAAGGUAAUCGCAAGCAUCCCAGCUAUAGUGACCAAAGGAGGGGACUCUGACUUAAAACCUGGAUGCUUGUUGGUGCUGGUGUCCUCACUGGAGGUGCUAGACACAAACUGCCAACUCAUUCACCGCUUUGAAAGAAAUGACAUUGACGAAGUUAGAGUGCACAGUCCGUAUGAGAUCACUGUAAGACAGCGGUUCAUUGGGAAGCCGGAUAUAUGCUACAGGUUCCUGUCUGCCAAGAUGCCGGAGGCAAUGUCGGUGUUAGAGAUUCAAUACCGAAAAAAAGUGGAGUUCACUAGUGAAUACACUGCUUUCAGAGCAACUCCAGUUUCAUCUCCGUGUGACACAGAGGGGCAAACCUGGAAUGAAGUCAGGUCUGCUACAGAGGUGCCAAGACACGGAGCUCCCACUAGAGGUCCCAGCAGGAGCGCUGUCCCAGCUGCAGGUGCACAUCCUCCAGCCAUCUGUCAGUCAGUCUGAGGCCCAGGAACUGAAACAGAUGCUGAUGCAGCUGAAGAGCCUUGCCCUGGAGGCAGAGACAGAGCUGGAGCGGCAGGAUGAUGUUCUGAACGACCUGACCAGCUCCACUGACCGAGCCACCAUGAACGUGGAGAAGCACACUUGCCGCAUGAAAAAACUGCUGUAGCUGUGACAGCGUCCCCAUGCCCCCCCUUAGGGAUGCACAGCAAGCUUCCUAAUCGUCUUCAUGAGGUUGGUACAACAUUGGACCAGAACCUGAGUUGUAUAUUGGUAAAUAGCUUGCAUCUAAUGCCUUCGGAAAGCGAAAUAUAACAAGCCUUAUUUUUUAUCUUUGAAGAAACACAUUUGUUUUAUUUAAGUUGGGCGGACAUAUUCCCCACUAAAUAAGGUGUAAGCAAUAGAAUGACGGUUAAAGCUUUCCUGUUGCAUCACAGUAAUAUCCUUGUUACUGAUGAUGGAGUGCCAUUCUUUCUUUUUAUAACCUUUGCUUUCACAUUAUUGUCCUGCUGUAUCUGUGUCACUUGUCCUCUCCAGACAUUGUCUCUGUGCUGCUUUAUGUUGCAUGUCUUAAUAUUGCUGCGUUGUAUUGCAUCGAGAGAAAGGGUCCCAACAUUUCUAAGAUAUAGCCGAAGACUGUAAACGUGCAACUUGUUCUGGGAAUCUUGAAACCAGAACGGAAAACACUUCCAUGAUUUGUUUUUAAAUAAUGUAAACUAAAUACUCCAUAUUUAGCUCACAAUCUACUGUAUAUCUUGUGAACAAUUGACAAUUUAAUUCUGUAUAAUCUGUAAAUGACAGAUGCAUGUAUUGUGAUUUUAUUGUGUUCUCUUAUUACUGUCAACUUGUAAUUAGCUGAAAGUUAUACUUUAAAUUAUUUUUAAAAUAAUCAUUUCGGAGCUGUAAAUACGCUUCUUUUGCUGAUGAUACUAAACUUAUCCUGACAUUGGAUAGAAAUAAACGAUCAGCUAUAAAUAUAAAGGGAAAGGUACACCUGCAUCUGUUUAAAGCAAACAAAUGGAAUACAUGAAGCAACACUUGCAUUUUAGAUAUUGGAAUUAUUUAAUGAUUUCAUUCAUCUGAAAAGUAUCACAAUUGUAGGCCUGUCAUAGCAUAUGAUCUGAAAUAAAAGUAAGUCUCCAACUAUCAAAAGUAAAA